UGGGAGAGGGGCUGGCUGCGUUUGCAGGCUGUCAGGAGAAGCACGGGGCUUACUCCUGAGAGGGUAACCGCGUUAAGUUUGUUAGAUCCACAAACAGCAACGCAUCCGGGGCACCUUAAAGCCUACCAGAUUUCAUGGGCCGCAAAAUGCAUGAAGCGGCUAUCUAAGCGGGUCAUCCUGAGUACAGAAGAUGACAUAUAUCUCAAAGUGGAAUCCAAAAGUGAAGCCCGAAAUGCAGGAGAUAAGGUCCCGAUGCAGAUCGCACACGGAAUCCAGUCCUGUGCCCCUACAAGAUCCAGGCCGGGUGGGCGUGGCACCUUCCUGACUAGUAUUGCUAUAGAGAGAGCCAAAAUGCCACAAACUAGAAUGCGCAUGAGGCCUUGGCUAGAACUGCAGAUUAAUUCCAAUGAAAUCCCUGGACUUCACUGGAUAAACAAGGAAGAAAAGUUGUUCCAGAUCCCAUGGAAACAUGCAGCCAAGCAUGGCUGGGAGCUGGAAAAGGAUGCCAGCCUUUUCAGAAACUGGGCCAUUCAUACUGGAAGGUAUAAACCAGGAGAUAAAGAGCCUGAUCCCAAAACCUGGAAGGCAAAUUUCCGCUGUGCCAUGAAUUCAUUGCCUGAUAUUGAAGAGGUGAAGGACAAAAGCAUUAGCAAAGGUUCAAGUGCUGUCCGGGUCUACAGGAUGUUGGAACCCUCAGCAAAGUCACAGAAAAAAGAAAAGAAAUCAAAGGUUCUGAAAAGAAAGUCAGUGGACGAUAUCAAGACAGAAGAAACAGCCAAUGCAACAAGCAGCAUUCAGCUACCAGAUGACCACAGUAACUAUGCACUUCUGAGCUACCCACCUGAGAAAAUAGAGGUGGGGAGCACAUUAGGAGAUCUCUCCACAUGUAACCUAAACAAUAAUGACUGGGGAUGCCCACUAGACGUUCAGUUGCCUGACAGCACAAACGACAUGUAUCGACUUCAAGUGUCGCCCAUCACAUCCUCCUCUGAUGGAACUGAUGAGGAUGACGAUAAACUGAACUUGCUACUUAACAGUUCUGAUUGGUACCAAACCAAUGUUGGUGGGAAAGGAUUCCUAAUCAAUGAAACUGGCAUGCAAACUUUCUUCUUUGACCUUAACAUAGAGGACCAAGAUGCUGACAUUGACACAAAUGCAGAAUUAAUGCCAUUUGACAUGAAAAACAGCCUGGAUUUUCCUUUGGUGGAUUCGCUAAGAACAUGUUUGCCCCCCAUAUCUUGUAGCAUAUAAACCUCUUUCUUUUUUUUUUAACCACUAAGGCUGCACUGUUUUGUUCCUUAUCUCAUCUGUGAAAUGGAACCAAAUGGGAAGAGUUGCUAAUGCUCUUCUCAAUGUUUAGAGCUGAAAAGGUGAAACCAAGAGUAUAUCAUCUGGGGAUAAGAGAAGAUACCUUUGUGGUAGAAACUGUGGGCACUUCAGUUGUUUGUAUCAUGAGCCAAUUAAGUCAUUGUUGCUGCUUUCCCCCCUUAAUUUGUUCAUACAUUAAUAUGGCCAGGGCUCAAACUAUUUUUUAACAUGCAUUAUACAUGAAAAGGUGCUUUUCACCUUUAACAAAAUGGCAAAUUUUUAAUCACAUCCAUAGCUUAUACUUGUCAUCAUUGCAUCCCUGUGGAAGAUUGGUGAAACACUUAACUAAGUUAAGACAGUAAUUACAUGUUUUUGCAUUCAGUCAUGGGGAUCUUCUUUCUUGUGAUCUGAAGCCCAUGUCAGCCUCAGAUCCCCAGUUUUGUAAAUAUGUUUAGCUCUAUAAAAUGUGAAAACCAGAUACACACUUUGUUCCAUAUGUUAGGUAUUCCUGAAUUUUACUCAUAAGACAUUUUAGUGGUUUCCUUGUGACAUAUUUCAGUUUACUGUCUUAUCAGUUUUUCAGAGGGCCAAACACAUUGCCCAUCUUUAAAUGCUGAAUAUUCAGUUUAUUAUACGGUGCCAUUGUCAAGAGACCUCUGAACAAGUAUUUUUGAGAGUCCAUAGAAUUUUUAGCAAAGCGUAUACAAGAUCAAGAGUGGUUUGGCAACCAUCAGAUUGCUAGGCUGCAACUUCAGUUGUUUCCUCGUACUUAUGUAUAUAGAAAGUUUACAAUUAUUUUAAUAAAGAUUUUGUAUAUUUUG